AUGGCGACCACAUCCAACCUGUUCAUGUACUCUUUGACCAUUCAGCCGCCCACCGCUGUGCACCAGGCUAUUCUCGGUCAAUUCGCUGGCACCAAGGAGCAGCAGAUCGUCUCCGCCUGCGGCUCGCGUCUGAUCCUACAACGCGCUGACGCGCAGACUCAGCGCAUCACGACCAUCCUCACUCAUAAUGUCUUUGGCAUUAUCCGCGCCCUCGCCGCCUUCAGGCUGGCUGGCUCUUCCAAAGACUACAUCAUCGUCGCCUCCGACUCUGGCCGCAUCGCCGUCCUCGAAUACAAUCCCAAGAAGAACAUCUUCGUCCAGCUGAAGCUCGAGACUUUUGGAAAGUCAGGCGUCCGCCGCGUGGUUCCAGGCCAGUACCUCGCCACCGAUCCCAAGGGACGCGCGGCUAUGAUCGCGUCAGUCGAGAAGAACAAGCUUGUCUACGUGCUAAACCGCGAUUCCAACGCCAAUCUCACCAUUUCUUCUCCGCUUGAAGCCCACAGGCCGCAGACUUUCGUGUUUUCGCUUAUCGGUCUUGACGUGGGAUAUGAGAACCCGAUCUUCGCCGCGCUGGAGAUUGACUAUGACGACGUGGACCAGGAUCCUACCGGUGAGGUCGCGGCAAGCAAGCAGAAGGAACUGGUCUACUACGAGCUGGACCUUGGCCUGAAUCACGUCGUGCGCAAGUGGUCCGACACCGUGGACAGGACCGCAAACAUGCUCUUCCAGGUUCCGGGAGGUCAAGAUGGCCCCAGCGGUGUCCUCGUCUGUGGUGAGGAGACCAUCACCUACCGGCAUAUCAACCAGGAAGCCUUCCGUGUCCCCAUUCCACGCCGCAAGGGAGCCACAGAGAACCCGCAACGGAAACGCUAUAUCACCGCGGGCGUUAUGCACAAGAUGCGUGGCGCUUUCUUUUUCUUGCUGCAGUCCGAGGACGGCGACCUAUUCAAGGUCACUAUCGACAUGGUCGAGGAUGAGCAAGGCCAGCCCACGGGCGAUGUCAACAGGCUCAGGAUCAAGUACUUUGAUACUGUCCCCAGAGCUACCAGUCUUUGCAUUCUGAAGAGCGGUUACCUGUUCAUCACGACAGAAUCUGGAAACCACAUUUUCUUCCAAUUCGAGAAGCUGGGUGAUGAUGACGAGGAGAUAGAGUUCGUCAGCGAUGACUUCAGCCCAGAGCCGGACGCACCGUAUGAGCCUGUUUUCUUCCACCCAAGGGGUGCUGAGAAUAUCAGUCUAGCUCAGCACGUUCCGAGCAUGAACCCAACUCUCGCAUGCAAGGUCGCAAAUCUUACAGAUGAUGACGCGCCGCAGAUUUACGCUGUUUGCGGAACCGGAGCGCGCAGCUCUUUCAAAUCUCUGAAGCACGGGCUGGAGGUUUCUGAGAUUGUCGAAUCAGAGCUUCCCAGUGUCCCCGAGGCGGUUUGGACUACGAAAAUCCAGAGGGAGGAUGAGUACGAUGCCUACAUCAUUCUCUCUUUCUCUAAUGGCACCCUUGUUCUCAGCAUCGGCGAGACUGUGGAAGAAGUGACGGAUACCGGAUUCUUAUCAUCGACCCGCACACUUGCCGUUCAGCAACUUGGCGAGGAUGCCCUCAUCCAGGUUCACCCAAGGGGUAUUCGCCAUAUUCAAGCAGGAGGCCGUAUUAACGAAUGGCCCGCACCACAGCACAGGACUAUUGUUGCUGCCACGACAAACGAACGUCAAGUUGCCGUUGCGCUCAGCUCCGGCGAGAUCGUCUACUUCGAGAUGGACACCGACGGAUCUCUAGCCGAGUAUGAUGAAAAGAAGGAGAUGAGCGGCACUGUUACGUGCCUUAGUCUCGGCGAAGUGCCCGAGGGCAGGGUCCGCAGCUCUUUCCUUGCAGUGGGAUGUGAUGAUUCCACUGUCCGUAUCCUCAGCUUGGAUCCGGAAUCCACUCUUGAGAACAAGUCGGUCCAGGCGUUGACCUCCGCACCUUCGGCGCUGAACAUCAUGGCAAUGGCUGAUUCCUCUUCUGGCGGCUCCACCCUUUAUCUACACAUCGGCCUGUACUCUGGAGUGUACCUGCGGACCGUCAUCGACGAAAUUACUGGCGAGCUGACUGACACUCGCACUCGUUUCUUGGGCGCCAAGCCCGUCAAGCUAUUCAGGGUCACUGUCCAAGAUCAGAGCGCAAUUCUUGCAACCAGCUCUCGUUCCUGGCUGGGCUACUCUGAUCAGCAAACCAAGGCAUUUACUCUCACCCCUCUGGCGUAUGCUCCGUUGGAGUGGGGCUGGAGUUUCAACAGCGAACAGUGCACCCAAGGCAUGGUCGGUAUUCAGGGACAACAUCUCCGGAUUUUCACCAUUGAGAAUCUCUCUACCAACCUUCUUUUCGAGAACAUUCCUUUGAUGUACACGCCUCGCAACCUUGUCCGCCACCCUACGGAGGCUCUUUUCUACGUGAUCGAGGCCGACAACAAUACUUUGGCGACAAGCACCCGUAAGCAGCUGCUUAACGAUCCCGCAACCGUCAACGGUGACGCAAAAGAACUCGAUCCGGAGCACUUCGGAUAUCCCCAAGGCAAUGGCCACUGGGCUUCGGCAAUCCAAAUAGUUGACCCUAUCGAGAGGAAAGAGGUGGUCCACACGCUCGAGCUGGAGGAAAACGAAUCAGCAGUCAGCAUCUGCCUUGCUCCAUUCACAUCUCAAAACGACGAAACAUUCCUGGUGGUCGGCACUGCUAAGGAUUUGAUCGUGGCACCUAGGUCGUACGCCUGCGGUUUUGUUCACAUCUACCGUCUGCUGGAUAACGGUCGGGAGCUCGAGUUCAUCCACAAAACGAAGGUGGAUGCGCCUCCUAUGGCUCUUCUGCCAUUCCAGGGCAAGCUCCUUGUGGCAGUCAAUGCUGAUCUCCGGCUCUACGAUCUCGGUCUUCGCCAGCUGCUGCGAAAGGCUCAAGCUCUCAACGUUGUUCCGAACAUUCUCAUCGGUCUGCAAACGCAAGGAAGCCGCAUCGUCUGCUCGGACGUGCAGGAGUCGGUGACAUACGUUGUGUACAAGCACGUUGAGAACCGGUUGAUUCCGUUCUGCGACGACAACAUUCACCGGUGGACUACGUGCACGACUAUGGUCGAUUACGAGACAACGGCUGGCGGUGACAAGUUCGGUAACAUCUGGCUUGUCCGCUGCCCGCCCAAGACGUCGGAAGAGGCGGACGAAGAGGGCUCAGGCCUGCAUCUCGUCAAUGAGAGGCCUUACCUUCAAGGUACGCCCAACCGCCUCGACCUCCUGGCCCAUUUCUACACUCAAGACAUCCCCACAUCGAUUCAAAAGACGGCUCUGGUUGCGGGUGGUCGCGAGCUUCUCCUGUGGAGCGGUCUCCAGGGUACGAUUGGAAUCUUCAUUCCUUUCGUCAGCCGUGAAGAUGUGGACUUCUUCCAGAGCCUGGAGCAGCAACUGCGCAGCGAGGAUCCGCCAAUUGCAGGCAGGGACCACCUAGCUUUCCGCAGCUACUACGUUCCCGUCAAGGGUGUCAUCGACGGCGACCUGUGUGAGCGGUUCCUGCGGCUGCCCAGGGAUAAGAAGGAGACGAUCGCGGCUGAGCUGGACCGUAGUGUGCGUGAAGUGGAGAGGAAGAUUGGCGAUCAGAGGACGCGCUUUGCAUACUAA